AUGAUAAAAUUAUUUUCGCUGAAACAACAAAAGAAAGAUGGCGAAUCGACACCGCGACAGGGCAAUCAAAAGAAAGCGUCAGCUGCACAAUUGAGGAUCACAAAAGAUAUAAACGAAUUGAAUCUACCCAAAACGUGCGCCACGGAAUUUCCCGAUCCCGACGAUCUGUUAACGUUCAAACUGGUCAUUUGUCCAGACGAGGGUUUCUACAAAACCGGCCGGUUCGUGUUCAGCUUCAAAGUCGGUCCGAACUAUCCGCACGAACCACCCAAAGUGAAAUGCGAAACGCAAGUCUAUCAUCCGAACAUCGAUCAACAGGGCAACGUCUGUUUGAACAUUCUUCGAGAGGACUGGAAACCCGUCCUGACCAUCAACAGCAUCGUCUACGGUUUGCAGUAUUUGUUCCUCGAACCCAAUCCGGAGGAUCCGUUGAACAAAGAGGCCGCAGAAGUGUUGACGAACAAUCGGAGAUUGUUCGAACAGAACGUCCAGAAGGCCAUGAGAGGCGGGUACGUUGGCGGCGUUUACUUCGAUAGGUGUUUGAAGUGA